AAGAGCCUUGCUGUUCUAAUAGAAUAGAGGGGCCCUCCCCCCGUCCAUUUUGAGGGGACACGUCCGUAGAUUUUGGGCUGCAGAGUCAUCUUAUUUUCAAGGCAGUUAGAAAGGGGAAUGAAAAAUAAAGCAUCCUGUCUCCCUCCCCCAAAAGCUCAACAGAAAGAGAUGCUUUCUUCAUGCGAGUUUUUCCUCAUUCCCCAUCCGGAUCCUUAUAUUGCGGUGCCCCCUGCUUCCUCUGGGUAGCCAUUAAGCUGCAAGGCGAGCGCACAAUGCUCUUCCUUCUUCCAACGUUCUGGUUUGUUUAUUUGCGGAGACGUUUUAUGACCCGCGCUGUUUGUAGCUCGCUGUGGUUAAUGCAUCUUCUCAUGGGGAAUCUUUGCAUAUCUGAAUUACAGAGUGCCUCGGACCAGAAAGGAGAUAUUUGAAAUGCUAAUAAAAGGGCUACAAAGACUAGAAUACAGGGGAUAUGAUUCUGCAGGUGUUGCAGUUGAUGGGAAUAAUAAUGAAGAUAAGGAAAGGUACAUUAAAUUAGUCAAGAAAAGAGGAAAAGUAAAGGCCCUUGAUGAAGAGCUGCAAAAACAAGAAGGUCUGGACUUAAAGGCAGAUUUUGAGACACAUUUUGGUAUUGCUCACACUCGUUGGGCAACUCAUGGAGUACCAAAUGCAGUGAACAGUCACCCACAACGAUCAGAUAAAAGCAAUGAAUUUGUUGUUAUCCAUAAUGGGAUCAUUACAAAUUACAAAGAUCUAAGGAAGUUUUUGGAGACCAAAGGUUAUGAGUUUGAAUCUGAAACAGAUACUGAAACCAUUCCAAAGCUGAUCAAAUAUGUGUAUGAUAACAGGGAGACGGAAGACAUUCGUUUUUCUGCCUUGGUUGAGAGAGUCAUUCAGCAGUUGGAAGGAGCUUUUGCAUUGGUUUUCAAAAGUAUCCAUUACCCAGGAGAAGCUAUUGCUACCAGGAGGGGGAGUCCUCUACUUAUUGGAGUUAGAAGUGAAUCUAAGCUUUCCACUGAACAAAUUCCCAUCUUAUAUAGAACAUGUAACAUUGAAAACGUAAAGAACAGAUGCAAAACACGAAUGAAAAGACUGGAUAGUUCUACCUGCCUUCAUGCUGUUGGAGAUAAAGCAGUUGAAUUUUUCUUUGCUUCAGAUGCAAGUGCUAUAAUUGAACACACCAACAGAGUAAUUUUUCUAGAAGACGAUGAUAUUGCAGCAGUGGCUGAAGGGAAGCUUUCUAUUCAUCGUCUAGAACGUUCUGCUAGCGACGACCCUUCUCGAGCCAUACAAACCUUGCAGAUGGAACUGCAGCAAAUCAUGAAAGGGAACUUCAGUGCUUUCAUGCAAAAGGAAAUAUUUGAACAACCAGAGUCUGUUUUCAAUACCAUGAGAGGAAGGGUGAAUUUUGAGACCAACACAGUUCUUUUAGGUGGCUUGAAGGACCAUUCGAAAGAAAUCAGAAGAUGCAGACGAUUAAUAAUUAUUGGUUGUGGAACCAGUUAUCAUGCUGCAGUGGCUACCCGUCAAGUUCUGGAGGAACUGACUGAGUUACCUGUAAUGGUAGAACUUGCCAGUGAUUUCCUGGAUCGUAAUACUCCGGUAUUUAGAGACGAUGUAUGCUUUUUCAUCAGUCAGUCAGGGGAAACUGCUGAUACCCUGAUGGCCUUGCGGUAUUGUAAGGAUCGUCGAGCGUUGACAGUUGGAAUUACAAACACUGUUGGAAGCUCAAUAUCCAGGGAUACAGACUGUGGCGUACAUAUCAAUGCAGGACCUGAGAUUGGGGUGGCAAGCACAAAGGCUUAUACCAGCCAGUUCAUCUCUCUUGUAAUGUUUGGUUUGAUGAUGUCUGAAGACAGAAUUUCCUUGCAAAACAGAAGACAAGAAAUCAUAAGCGGUCUGAAGUCAUUACCUGAGAUGAUUAAAGAAGUACUGUCCUUGGAUGAGAAGAUACAUGAUCUGGCACGUGAACUAUAUAAACAGCGAUCACUUUUGGUUAUGGGUCGUGGCUACAACUAUGCCACUUGCUUGGAAGGGGCAUUGAAAAUCAAGGAGAUCACAUAUAUGCACUCUGAAGGUAUCCUGGCUGGGGAACUGAAGCACGGGCCGUUGGCUCUUAUAGAUAAGCAAAUGCCAGUUAUUAUGAUAAUUAUGAAAGAUCCCUGCUUCACAAAGUGCCAGAAUGCUCUACAGCAGGUCACUGCUCGCCAGGGCCGGCCUGUUAUAUUAUGUUCUAGAGAAGAUACUGAAAGCUCAAAAUUUGCUUACAAAACUAUUGAGCUGCCACAGACAGUAGAUUGCCUGCAAGGGGUUUUGAGUGUUAUCCCUCUACAGCUGCUUUCAUUCCACCUGGCUGUUCUCAGAGGAUAUGAUGUGGAUUUUCCAAGAAAUCUGGCCAAAUCUGUGACUGUGGAAUAAACAUUAUGCUGUACAAUAUUUGUUACCCAUAAUACUAAAGUAUAUUUCUGUCAAUAGGACUUUAGAAGAAUAUUUUGAUGAUGUUGAUUCUACAAAGCAUAACUCUCUUUACUUCAGUGGGAUUUUUGAUUUUGGAAACCUUGAGCCAGUACAAUGGAUAUAUCACUAACUGGAAAGUAUUUAGGAGGGUUUUAUUGUUGUUUUAAGGAGAUAUUUAAUGUGCCUUUAAAUAUUUGUUACAUGCCUUGCACCAAAGUGCUCUUGCUUGUAACCUGUAUCAUCUCUGAAACAACCAACUUGCCAAAGAAAGGAAGAAAAAGCAUUGUUUACGUAUGGUUAAUAAAUGUUUUUCUAUUUCUAUGACUGUGCAAUAUAUGUAAAUGUAUAUAACUUUUUUUCUGAGUUACUGUGAAUAAGUCAACACUAUACAUUCAGCCUGAAUCUAUACAUGUUUACUCAGAAGUAAGUCCCCCUGAGAUCAGUAGGAUUUACUCCCAGGUAUAUAUGCAUAGGACUGCUGCCUUAGUUUAAAUACAAAGUAUUUAUAUAUGCACAAAUGUAUAGCAUUUAAGUUAUUUUUAGUAUGUUGGUUGUAUGUAGUAGUGGAAAUGUCUAGGAUUUAAACCUGGGCUGAUUUUACUAAUUGUGUACAACUGUUUUACUGUUUAUGCUUUGUACUUUUAACUGGAAUUCUAUUUCCUAUUAUAUUUACCCAUUCCUACUUAUUUUUAUGGGAUUGAGAAAAUAUUCCUGCAUCUGUAUUUCCACAGACCCUUUCAUCCAUUUUGCAUCUAUCUAUCCUUCACAACUUCUGCACUAUUGUGAAUAAAAGUUAUUCAAACAUCAGAUUCAGUUCUGUUUUCCUGAAAAUUCUCUUUAGACAAAAUACCAUUUUACUUGAGCCAAAUUAUCUUCACCUUCCUGAAUAGUAUUAUUUAACGAUAUAAAGCUAUUGGAUAGUGUGUGAGCUCAAGAAGUUUCUAUGUUAACUAUUGUACAGCCAAAAUGCUAUGCAAUUAAAGAGAAUAUCAACUUCAAAA